GCAAGGACGUGCUGCUUCACCUCGACAUAUCGCUGAGAUGAAUGAGAUUCAUUCCUCAAUGUCGUCCACCGAUGCUCCUCCCACUCUGAGGGAAGGUGAGAUGUUCCACGUCUUCAUCAGCUACAGCAGCACAGACUACCAGUGGACACACGCCCUCAUAGACCAGCUGGAGGCCCUCGGCCUGCACAUCUGCUACCACGAGCGUGAUUUCACACCGGGCCGCACCGUGCUGGAGAACAUGUCCGAGUGCAUCCAGGACAGCCAGAAGGUCCUGCUGGUCCUCAGCUCGGAGUUUGUGCGGAGCCGCUGGUGUCUCCUGGAGGCCAACAUGUCUCUGUUCAGAGACUGCCUGGAGAGGAAGCCCAUCGUCCCCGUGCUUCUGGAGCCGGGAGUGACCGUCCCGCUCCACCUGUGCCACCUCACCUACCUGGAGGUCAGCGACCCCGAGUUCAUGACCAAGCUGAUGAAGGUGCUCUUCACCCCCAACCGGCAGCUCCAGGGCUCCACGGUGGUUCCCUACCAGCCUCCGUCCAUCUACAACGGCAAGGCCCUGCAGCCGUUAACUGCUGUUAAUGUGGAAAGUCUUUACAAGUGGGAUUCGGGUACGUUUAGCGACAUGGACGUGCCAGACCAACUGCGCCUGAUCAUUGAGGACCAGGACAAGUACAGGAACGCCAUCGGCAUCAUCAAUAGCGUAUCUCAGCAGAAAGUUUACCCAAAGUGGUUACAAGCAAUUUUGAUAGUUAUUGCUGUGAUAAUUUAUUCUACUUCAGUUGGUCUUUUGGGAUAUACAAGCAGUCUACUCACACAGGAUCUGGUCUCUAGAGAUAAAGACCACAACACCAGUUUUUGGGUACUGACUCUCACUUGUCAGUGCUGUGUUAUUCUUGGCUUGCUAGUUCAGUUGUCUUUGAUUAAGAAAGAUGGCGUGGCAUACACCGUGCGGGAGCUGCAGAAGGCGGCAGGUCGGGCAAACGUCAUCCUCUGGGAGGAGAAGGUCUUCAUGGGCUGUCAGUCCAAUUCCAAAUUUUACCUGGUGUACAUUUCCCUAGAGGGGUGCAGGCGGGAGUUUGCAGGGGCGAUCUCCGAGAAGGCCAGUGUCGAGAGUUUGUUCCGGAGAGCCGUGCUUUCUUUCUCGUCGGGCUACGCCUGCUGCCUUGCCAAAAGAAGUUUUCCCUUCCCCACACCGGAAUCCCUCACAGGUCACCUGGAGGGAGGGGUGUGUUUCUGUCAGUACGUCUCCCAGCAGCUGAGUCGGGGGGAGUGGAAUUGAGAAGAUACACUUCGCAACAUUAGAUACCGUCAGUUUCAUGGCUUUCAUGGCAUUAGUAGUAUAACCAUCCAUCCAUUUUCCUCCGCUUAUCCGGGUCCGGGUCGCGGGGGCAGCAGUCUUAGUAGGGAAGCCCAGACUUCCCGGUCUCCAGCCACCUCCUCCAGCUCCACCAGGAGGACACCAAGGCGUUCCCAGGCCAGCUGUGAGACAUAAUCCCUCCAGCGUGUCCUAGGUCUACUUUUCCCGGCUGGGCAUGCCCGGAACACCUCACCAGGGAGGCGUCCGGGAGGCAUCCGGACUAGAUACCUGAGCCACCUGAACUGACUCCUCUCGAUGUGAAGGCGAAGCGGCUCUACUCUGAGCCCCUCCCGGAUGACUGAGCUCCUCACCCUAUCUCUUAGGGUGAGUCCAGCUACCCUACGGAGGAAACUCAUUUCAGCCGCCUGUAUCCGCGAUCUCAUUCUUUCGGUCAUGACCCAAAGCUCAUGACCAUAGGUGAGGGUGGGAACAUAGAUCCACCGGUAAAUUGAGAGCUCCGGCUCAGCUCUUUUCACCACGACGGUCCGGUACAGCGACCGCAUUACUGCGGAGGCUGCACCGAUCCGUCUGUCGACCUCACGCUCCCACCUUCCCUUAUUCGUGAACAAGACCCCGAGAUACUUAAACUCCUCCACCUGGGGCAGGACCUCAUUCCCAACCCGGAGGGAAUGAGGUCUAUCUAGUAUAUAUUUUUGAAUAAUUUAACAAAUGGCCAAUGCUUUAUGGACAAUUACUUGGUGAGUUCCACCCGUUCUUGCCAUUGCACUGCAAAUGAUUUGCCAAUUGCCAAGAUUUAAAAUCGUAUUUCUGGACAUAACGAUAAUUUUCCUGGUUUUAAGGCCCAUUUGCUUAUUGACUUUAUAGUAUAACAUUCUUUUUAGAAUGAGGGAAUAUUUUUGGUCCCGUUUAGUUCAGAAAUGUUAAAACUAAGGAUCGACCGAUACAUCGGCCGGCCGAUAUAUCGGGCCGAUAUUUGCGUUUUUUCCUUGUAUCGGUAUCAGCCGAUCGGUAUAUGCUAGGCAUAACAGUUUGAGUCAUGGUGGGACAACAAGAAAGCCCAAAAACAUCACAUACCAACGCAACAGACCAAUAAAAGCACUCUCACUAGUUGAGCAGAACAAGAAUGAACAACUAUGCAACUUUAAAUGCACACAAGGAAUUGGAGCAGCCGUGUCUUUAUCGUGCACAACACGAACUUUAAUGAUGAGAGAAAUGUUUUAUAUAUCGUACUAAAUUGUGUCAGUGUGAUGUGUUUGUGUGUGUGGAGGCGGGGGGGAGCAGUCAUCACAUCGAUGCUAGAUAAACUUAAACUACGACAGAAAUGUUUUGCACAUGGUUGAAUAUUUAUUCCUUUUAAAGUUGAUAAUGCCGUUUAAAUGUGUGUUUAAGAAAGCUGAAUCCUACUGUGUUCAGUGUUUACAUUUCAAUAAAUAUUUCUUUAAACAUGAGACCUGGAAUAUUUGUUAUCAUGGUCAUUUUUUCAUGUAAAUUGAGGGAUCAAAAGCAGUAUCGGCCACAAAUAUCGGCCCAAGCAAAAUCGGCCAUCGGCUAAGGGUCAUGGAGAAAAAUCGGUAUCGGCAUCGGCCCCAAAAAAAACAUAUUGGUCGAUCCCUAGUUAAAACUGAGCGAAUAACUCUCAAAAUAAGUUAUUUUGUUUUUCCCAACAAAUAA